AUGGCCUCAUCAGCGUAUGAUAUUCUUGGACAAAAAUUGUUCGAUGGCACAACAAAACGAAUUUACUCAAUGAUCGAUCAACCAGGUCUUAUUUGUAUCUAUCGGAAAGAUAAUUAUCGAUCAGCGGGAAAGACUUUGAGUAUACCUGGUAGUCGCCGAUCGAGUAUAGAUAGUUCAAUACGUUUCAAUCAACAGCAAUUACAAAGUCUUCAUAGUAAUCCAAAUCUAUUCAUUGAAAUACCUGGAAAAGGUGCAUUGACAACGUCCAUUACCACUUGCGUCUAUGAAAUCUUACGCGAAACAUCAAUUCCAACGUUUUAUGUUGCACCACAUCCACAGCCGGAUAUGUUCAUCGCGCGAAAAUGUACAAUGAUACCUAUUCUAUGGAUUGUACGUCGUCUAGCUAAUGAAACUUAUAUGAAACGUAAUCCAGGCAUUGUCAAUGGCCAUCGCUUUGUUCCACCGAUUGUUGAAAUCUAUCAUAAACGUCAUCCGGUCGUCUAUCGACGUUUAACUAUUUCAAACAUCGAUGAGAAUCUCGAAUCGUCUCGCGAAAGUUUAAUUGAUGAUUCCGAUUCCGACUCGGAUGAGUGUCUUUCGUCCAUCUGGUCGUAUGAACAACUUCUCAAUGCACAUUUCGAUAUUGAAGAUUUGAAAAUUACUCAAACGGAAAUAGAAUACAUGUACGAAACGUGCUGUACAAUAUUCGAUAUUCUUGAACAUAUAUGGAUGGUGAAGAAGAGUUGUCAAUUGAUCGAUUUAAAAAUUGAAUUCGGCAUAACCACGACCAUGCCGAAGGAAAUCGUUGUUGCUAGCACAUUUGAUACUGAAACAUGGCAUAUUUUACGACCGAUGGAACGAACGACGGCCGUCGGUGUGGACUUAAUUCAAGAAAAUCUCAUUUGGAUCAAUAGUACUUUACGAGAUAUCCUAGAUUUGAACAAUAAAAUAUCUUUGACAACAAAGCUUGAUCCACGACGACGCAGUUUUGCUCAAAAGCAGAUUUCAACAUUAGAUGAUGCGGACACCGAUGAGGAAGAACAUCCAAUGAAUUGUAUUAUUCCAGAAAACGAUCGUAUCGACACUCAAAAAGAUACGUCAUUCAAUCAGUACAAAACCUCCUAUUUUCCAUCAACAAGAAGCCGAUGUAUCGUUGUUUGCUCAUCAUCUGCAGAUAUCGAACACGGUCAAAAGAUCAAAAUUACUCUCAAUGAACUCUAUAACAUUCAAUGUGAUAUUCGUCUUUGUUCAAUAUAUAAAUCAACGAAAAGUGUCUUGAAGUUCCUAUCGAAUUAUGUUUAUGAACAUUGCCGUCCCACAAUAUUUGUUACACUUGGAAAUGUUAACAAUGGUUUAGCUAUGUGUUUAUCAUCGAACUCUCCUUAUCCUGUCAUUCAUUGUUCGUUAAUGAACGCUGAUCAACCAAAUAAUCUAUUCGAUAUAAAUUCGUACUUAACAUCGGAUACGGCAAUGUUUUCGGUAGUUUUUACAUUGCCGAGUGCAAUACAAAAUGUGAUACAGAUCCUUGCGAUGAACGAUUGGAGACUGUGGACGAAACAGCGUGGGAAGCGUUUAAAGAAUUAUCUCGAUUUGUUAAUUGCCGAUCAACAAUUAGCGACAAUAAGUUCAACAUCAAUAACACAACAAGCUAACAAAACUAACACUGGUAUCCUAACAAAUAAAUAA